AAAUUAUCAAAUCAAAAACGUCAACUUUAGCAAACUGUCAUGGAUUGUUUUCGCUUUAUUUUUGUUAUUAUUUAAAUUAAAUUCUAGAUAGAUAUCGACACAAAUCCAAUAAAAUUUUGGCAUUGGCGAAUAAAAAGUAUGUAAUUAUGGCGAUGAGACUUGCAGGAUGGUUUUCCCUUAUAUCCGUAAUUUUAACCGGAUUGUUUGGCUUUGGCUGGUAUUUUAUAUUUCUUUCGUUUCUACUGUCUUUCUUACUAGGGGUUAUGACAAUACUAUAUUAUGACUAUGAUCACAAAAAAAUAUUCCCUGUGGAUAUUGAUAGUUUUGAUGACCCCUUACAACAGACAAACUUUUCCAUACAACUCCCAAAGGUCAUAGAAUUAUUUAAGAAAGAUACACCAUUGCCUAAAUUUGACAGCAGAAUAACAGGCAGUGAAAUAGUUGAUUCUUUUAUUAAUGAGAUUAUAGCAAUAAUUGUAAAUGACUAUGUAACACCUUGGUAUGAGAUGCUAACUGAUGAUAUGGAAUUUACAACACAUUCAAUCAAUCGCCUUGUGGUGACUGCUGGAGCCAAUAUAGCGAAUAGAGUUAAAUGUGUGGACUGGACACAUUUACUUUCCACAAGGUUUCCAGAAGAAUUGACUACACAUUUGAAACUGUUCAAGCAGUCACGAGUGCGACUGAAACACAUUCAGUUGCAGAACAGCAAAGAGAAAGAGAUGACGAAUGGCAACACACGCGCCAGUCCCAAACGGAUGGAAGAGAGGAAGACUCACAGGCGUAAUAAAAGUGACACUGACUUAUCGUGGCCACCUGAUACUCAAACUGUGGGAAAGUCCAAGUUUUAUGAUAGCGCAGAGAGUUUAAGCAGCAAAUCUUUAACAGAGUUAUUUUUUGAUCUUGAAUGUUCAAUUGAAAAUAGGCAGGUUUGCCGUGAUGUGUUCUGUAUAGAUACUGAAAAGGAAUAUGCAUUACUAUGCGAGGUGGCAGAAGCUGUCUUAUAUCUGGUGGCCCCAGAAGAAGCUUGGAAAUGUCAUGCGUUGAAGAUGAUAUUGAUAGAAUUAUUGUCUGGUGUAGUUUUACGUCCCAUAAUGAACCUAUUGAGUGAUCCAGACAACAUCAAUAGGACGAUUAUACAAAGCUGUGUCCGGGACUCUUGUCUGCCCUCAGAGUUGUUCCUGCUAGUUAUAAGGAGUUGCACGGACGCCGAGGAGUUAGACGCCACGCUAGAACUUGUACAUAAAGAUAUACAAAAACUCCAUUCCAAAGACAGUGCCGGCGAAUGGGAGUUACAAGACCGCCAGAAAUUGUCUUCGUUGAGAUAUGUGGCUAGGACUAUUCAGGCCCGCAGAGCCAUUUUGGGUCCGCAAGAAGGAGCGGCUAAUAAUAGUAAUGCCGAGAAAAUGUCCGAGGAAGUGGCAAGGUCUUUGAAAUUUUUAAGAGCCACCACCGCAUGGAAAUCGAAUGCGCAAUAUUUGUUGGAAAUUGAAGUUAAUGAAGCAGACGAGCCUUACACAUCAAAAGCGGUAAUAGACAACCUUCGGUCGUCUGCUCUAGAGCUGUGCGAUCUAUACUUAGCUCCGAACAAGCCCACCAUAAUGGGGAUCCCGGAGAACUGUUACUCCGAGCUGGUGAGGAAGAUCACGACGGAGGGCGAGGAGUUCACCAGCAACCCGGCAACGUGCUUCGAAGAGGUGCAGAAGUGUGUCUGCGUUGCGUUGGAGGAUGAUCCCUCCUGGCAAUCAGAUCUUAUGAUGGACGAGGAUGCCACCGAAAGAGGCUCGAGUGAAGUCAAAAAGGAAGAAAAACCAGAUGGAAAGAAAUACACUGCUGAUACAUUACCCGUGCCCGGGGCCAGACAUAACCGUUCAAGGUCGGAUAUUGUGGGUAAUUUUGCUCAGAAGAUGAUCAAUGAGAGUGCAGGAUCGUCAAGUUUACUAUCAGCAAAUGCCAGCAAUUUGUCAGUAUCACAUUCCGAAAUCAGUCAGAAGACAAAAAAUAUGAUGUCCCCAUUAUCAGCGACUAUUAUUGAAACAGCAUUGGGCCAACAAAAAGGUCGAACAUACGGAAUUUAUGCGAUACAAGUGAAGAGGCUGUCCGACAAUGUAGUUUGGCAUAUCUAUCGAAGAUACAGCGAUUUUUAUGAUCUACAUUCAUCUAUCAAAGAAAAGUGGUCAGAGCUGGGAAAUCUUCCGUUCCCAGCUAAGAAGACUUUUCAGAACACGUCUAGGGCUGUCCUAGAGAGCCGUAAACAUAUUCUGAACAGCUAUCUCCAAAAGUUGACCAACUUGUCAAGGGAGACGAGGUAUAUGACCCUUUUGUCGAUGGACUAUUUGGGUGGUUUCCUAAGCCCAGAAAAUCAGGCUGAGCGACAUAGCAAUGCUAUCGAUUCACUAAUCGUAAAUCCGCUGCGAGCUGGUAUGAGGACAUUGAAAAACAUGCCUGAUCAGUUUGUGAACACUGUGGAUGGAGUAAUGGAUGGUAUUUCUAAAGUGUUUCAAGGUAAAAGCGACAGUCACUACGAUGCUAUGAGAAGUGGAAAUAAUUCUGACGGACCGGAUGAUGGUGACGAAAGCAUAGCUCUGAGGUUGUUGGAGGAGGUGCUGGGCAUCCGAGGGUUGUGGCUGCGGCGGCGGCUGCUCGCGCCGCUCAGAACUCUCAUAUCUGACCGGGUCAAUAAGAAAGUACUAGACUUUGUCUCGUCUUUGACGUCCCCGCGAAAUGUUGUUAAAUAUUUAAAGAAAUUCAAACAAUGGCUGACGAACCGCAACAAUGCAAGUUACAGCAGCAGAGAUUGCGCGACAAAAGCAAGAACGAGAGUCGCCGCUAAAGUUGCUUUACUUGCCGCUUGUACAGAUGAUUUGCGGCACAUCGUGGGCUCAGACACAGCUCGCAGAGGACUACUGACCUUGUUCGAUUUAUUCCAAACGCAAGAGAUCAAUCGAAGGCUUCUUUUCGUUUUGAUGGAAGCCAUAUUGACAAAUCUAUUCCCUGACAACAAUAUUCCGGACCUAUUCAAGAGAUUAUACUCAAAUUCUUCAAGAGUGCCAGUAGUCAAGAAGUCGGUGAAUAUAUGAUGUAAUAUUUGUGACAUAGUUUUUGUAACGGUAAUAUUCUUAUUGUAAUAUUGAUAUAGGGCUAGUUUUCAAUUUUUUGUUAAUAUAUAUUCGACUGGCCAAAAACAAAUGAAGUAAGUAUACCUAGUAAAGUUUGACCAGAAAUAUAUCUGACCCCACCAUAUUACGGAUUAAAAAGUUAAUAAUAAUUAUGUGCUGGCAAUAAUGACCCAAAAAAGUAACCAUAACCCAACACUAUUAAGUAGUUAUUUAUGGCUUCCAUAUGGUUCCUCUACUUCUUCUAAAAUAAGUGGGCUUAUAUUUGACAGUAAUAACAGUUAUGUUAAAUCAGAUCAUUAUUACAUAAGACUCAAUAUGACAUAAGAAUUUGGUGUUGCUAUUUAAAACAGAACUAUCGCCGUCAUUGACGCCGCUGUCUUUUAUUUUAGCCUAUUGGAAAAAUAGCUCUUGGCAAUAAAAGUGGAUGAUAGUUUAAUUAUUUCUGUAUAGCAUGAUGUUACAGAAAACGCAUUUACAACGAAUAUAUUAUACAUAUAUAUUUCUUGAUUUGUUCUAUAACUUUGUUAUAAAGUGUAUAAGAAUGGAUUCAUAUUACAUUCAGUAAAAGGCUUCGUUUGAACUUUGUGCCAAAGAAUAUGCAGAGGUCAUUAUUUAUUAAUGACAAUUGUUACUGGAGUGUUUGAUACAAUCUACAAAAGUCUUGUAAAUUUGUAUUAUCUUAACACACAUAAUGUUUUGUGAAAUGUUGGUUAUUAUCCUAGCAUAGACAUGUACAGUCAUCAAUAUAAUGAUGUAUACAGAGACCAAAUUGCGGAACGGUAUCAAAUUGCAAUGUAUUAUUGAAUAUUAAAUUAAAAAGUAUUAAAAUAUGUUUUAAACAUUAGCUUUUAAUGUACUUUUUUUAUAUCGUGAAAAGCAUACACCACAGCCUUGUAUACCUUAUUAAGUCGUUGACUGUACAUUAUAAGGACUUUAUAUACUGCAGUCAAUAUACACUAAAUAUAUACAAUAUACACUACACACAAUAUACACCAAAACUGUUCAACCGACUUGCAAUAAGUCUACAUUAAAAAUGUGUUCUUCUCCAUAAUCUUAUUUAGACUUUUCAAUAUGUGAGGCCAUACUUAGUUAGAUUUAGUAAAAUUUAAUAUGUAAUUAUGAUCUAUUAUUAAUAUGUGCUAUGUAACGAUUGGCUCCACGAUAUUGUGAUAAUCAAUUAGAUAUCUAAAUUACUAAUCAAAUUUACCUGAGUGUUUGUACAAAACUUAUUGUUUUAGGUAUAAAUUUUAGUGAAAUUUACAAUAGUUUAAAAUAUACAACAUAAUUCUGUAUGGUUUAUAAAUUAGUUAUCAGAUAAUCGGAUGCGUAUUUGUAUAUCUUAAUUUAUUUUUUUUAGCUCAGUAGGAGUAUUUGCAAACAACAUUUAGGUAAACGUCAUUAUAUACAAUAUAUGAUGUUUUGAUUUUAUGAGAAGUUUUAAAUGUGCAAUGUAUUUUACCCUAACCAUUGAACCGUUGGAAAUAGAACGUGUUUUGAUCAAGAAUCUUGAAGUAAAUGUAUGCGAGGAUCGCGACAAGUAAAAUAUGUAAAGUCUGUCCACUUAUACGGGAAAGUGGCAUCAUCAUUUUAGAUUUGGGGGUUAUAUCAAUAUCCAUGUCGUGUUCAUGAAUAAUCUCGAAAAAAGUAUUAAAUGUAUGUUAAAGAGAUUAUAAUAAAAAUUAAAUGUCAAAACUUCAAAUCUCAGUGCAUCCGAAUAUCCGAUUUCAUUAUUGAUUGCGAAAAUCUGUUAUUGACAUAGAAAAAAAAUCUUGGCUUUUAAGUUUACUGAAAAAUAUCGAUUUGUUACAUAAUAAUAUUGAUACUGAUAAAAUUUUUGGUAAAUUUAAAGUUGUAAAUAUUAUUCUGGCGGAAAAGUAAUAUGAUGUGCCUUUAUAGAAUUAUUAAAUUAUUUAUUUAAAAGUGUAAAUUAACGUAAUCCACCUUAAAGUUAACGUAAGCUUGAAGUGUAAUUAUUUAAACAACAAUUUUCUCGACGAUCUCUGACAACAAAUUAUCGUGUAUGUAUAAUUCAUACUAACAAUAUAAAUUCAAAAAUUAAUUCUAAUUAACACCAGCUUUAAGUUCUAUGUAUAUAACAUAUAUAAUAAAACAAUUGUUUUAAGAUUUAAAAAAAAACAAGCAAAUGCUGUCAAAUUGUUUCAAUAAUUUGGUUUGAUUUGGUAAUGUAUGAUUUGUAUUAUACAUUUUCAAUAGGCAGCUAUGUAUAAAUAAAAUUAUAAUCUUAUAUAAGAUUCGAUGCUAUGGAAUUGAAAACGCAUAGUAGUAAGUAAUAAUAAUUCUGAUUUCUGUGUCUAAGAUCCUGGUUUUAUUCAGAUCUUUUUGUAUUGGCUAUUAUAUGAUAAAUGUUUUAUUUUAAAUUGUAACAUUACUUCUCAAUAAUUCACUCAAUAGCAAUAUUACCUAAGAGAUAUUAUUAACAAUAAUUUACAUAUCAAUAGUGUUGUUGUUAGUUCGUUAAACAUAUAUGAUAUAGUUUAUACAUUCCACUGUUCACACUGUUUCAAUAGCUUCGUUCAUAAUGCAUAAGUAUUUAUUUUAUUAUUUGGAACGAAAUAAACGUUAUUAAGUA